AAAGAAGGUUACUGUUUUGAAUAUGAGAUGAUAAGCAUGGAAUGGGAGUUGCAGUAAAAGUAAAAAUGGGGAGUGCGUGAGUAACAGAGUGGGUUUUGAGACUCGAAGUUCAAGGUGGUGUUUUUGGCGUGUUUACUGUUGAAUAAUGAUAAAGGAAGAGUUAGAUUAGAUUGAAAAACGUUGGUGAGAUGACUUAUUAACGAGUUUGUAAGAGUGCGUUUGAAGUUUGAACGUGAAGCGUUGGAUUGGAGUAACAAAAGGUGGAUAUUGGUUACAGAGUUUGGAGAUGCUGGAGCCUACCCUUUUGCGGGAAUCUGUCUGAUGGCACAGCCAAGUCAGUCUCAGUAACUGCUCAUCACUGACACACUUAGCUACCCUUCUCUAUCUCUUUCUCUUUCAUUGUUUCGCUACCUAGCCAUUUUGCAAACUCCAACUCAAUAAAUGUGGAAAGAAAGGUAGAAUUGAAAACGUGGAGGAAUCAAUCAAGGUGGCGCAGUCAGGGAAGGGAGAAGAGGUGAGGUGAGGUGGUAGAGAGAAAGUGAUGGGUCAGGGGCUGAGUUGCAGAGGGAGCCAUGAGCAUGGCCUAUUCCGUGCUGUGCAGCAUGGGGACCUAGACACUGUAGCAGCUUUGUUGCACACGCACCCUUCUCUCAUGAACCACACCACUGUCUAUGAUCACCACUCCCCUCUUCAUAUUGCCGCUGCUAAUGGCCAGAUCCAGGUUUUAUCAUGGCUUUUGGAUGGAUCUGUGAAUCCGGAUGCGUUGAAUCGCCAAAAGCAGACACCGCUAAUGUUGGCUGCAAUGCACGGGAAGAUCGCCUGUGUGGAAAAGCUCCUCGAAGCCGGUGCUAAUGUGUUAAUGUUUGAUGCGUGCUAUGGAAGGACCUGUUUGCACUAUGCAGCUUACUAUGGCCAUUCUUCUUGCCUUAAGGCAAUUCUCUCUGCUGCUCAAUCUAGUCCCGUGGCUGCUUCUUGGGGGUUUGCUCGGUUUGUGAAUAUUAGAGAUGGAAGGGGUGCAACACCAUUACACUUGGCAGCCCGUCAAAGACGGCCUGAAUGUGUACAUAUUCUAUUGUACAGUGGAGCUCUUGUUUCUGCUUCAACAGGAAGAUAUGGCUGUCCUGGGAGCACUCCUCUUCAUCUUGCAGCCAAAGGGGGGUCCUUGGAUUGCAUCAGGGAACUGUUGGCAUGGGGUGCUGAUCGCCUUCAACGUGAUGCUUCUGGGCGUAUACCUUAUGUAGUUGCUCUUAAGCACAGACACAACGCAUGUGCAGCACUGCUGAAUCUUUCGUCUGCUGAGCCUCUUGUAUGGCCAUCAUCAUUGAAGGUGAUCAGUGAGCUUAAUCCAGACGCCAAAGAGCUAUUAGAGCAGGCCCUGAUGAACGCAAACAGGGAAAGGGAGAAAAACAUAUUGAAAGGGAGUGAUUACUCUCUUCCAUCUCCAGCACACUCUGAUGGGAUAGAUGACAGCAUUUCUGAGGUUAGUGAGACGGAGUUAUGUUGCAUCUGCUUUGAGCAAGUGUGCACAAUUGAGGUGCAAGACUGUGCUCACCAGAUGUGUGCACAAUGCACACUAGCCCUGUGUUGUCACAACAAGCCUAACCCAUCUACUUCUCGUAUUGUCCCACCAGUUUGUCCAUUCUGCAGAAGCAGCAUAGCAAGAUUGGUGGUUGUGAAAAAAGAAAGCUCUCAUGACAUCGAUCAAGAUGGUGUUGACAUUACUUGUUCCAAGCCUAGCAAGUCAAGGAAAACCCGAAACAUGAACGAGGGUGGCAGCAGCAGCAUCAAGGGACUAUCAAGUGUGAACUCAUUUGGAAAGAUGGGUGGCCGCAGCUCCGGAAAAAUUGCUGCUGAAAAUGAGUGGGAAGAUGAUAAACAACAGUGAUACGAUGCUGUUCUUGGUAUGGUGCUUGUGCUUAUCCAAAAAUAGUUAUUAUCGGAUAUGGUAACAAGUUGCUUGACCAGCAAGGCAAAAUAAAAAAAAUAUGAAUAGUAAAGGAGAAAUGUUGAUUUUAUUAUCGGAAACUAAGCAAAGUGAGUGAGACUGAUGUUCAGUGUGGUUGGAGAAAGAAGGAGGUGCAUGUCAUGUUGUAAAUUGGAAUAUUAUCAUUAUUGUUACUUGAGAAAGAAGAAGCAUCGCCAGCAUCGAUGGUUUUGGGCGUCGUGAUUGAAGUGAGAAAUUCUUUUUCUCAAAAAUAGGAGUCUAAGAUCAUAUGAAAAUGUAAUGUGUAUUUGCUUCUGAUUUGUUUCUUUAUACCGAAAUUGGCAAUAAAAUAGAGAAGGCAAGUGUCUGGACUUGGUGUUAA